CAGAGCACUAUAUGUUGCCAAGGUAACCUAUUUUAGGCUGAGGGCGAAGUGACGAUACUGUAAGCUCCACAGAGGUUUACACUGCAGCUGCAAAGAGAAUCAGCUUGAAAUACUGCCGCAGCUCCGGCGGGUCGGGGUUUCAGAAGACCAGAGAAUUGGAUUUCAACGCCGCAGACAGGCAGGGACAGGUGCUGCAGGCAGAGAAAGGAGGAGCAAAGCAAAGCAGAGACACGCCGCACCGCUUCAGAGGAGGAAUUCUCAAACAGCUGUCCAGCAGACGUCCUGCCUGCGAGAAGCAAAGCCUCAAGGGCAGAAAGAGUGAGACAGAGAGAGAGAGAGAGAGAGAGAGAGAGAGAGAGAGUGAGAGAGCAGACCAAAACGGCAACACACUGCACCACCCAGAAGCUGACUAACAGUUUAGGUCAAGACACCUUCAGGACGGCAACCGCAGAGUGAGGAUAACAGGGAACCAUUUAUUUGCAGGACUGAGGUGAUUAACGAGACGGUUUACGCCAAAAAAAGAAAAUGUGCCGUAAAUUUCUCACCCUCAAGACAUCUAAGACGUACAGUAAAGGGCAUUAAUUGACUUACCGAGUCUGGAUUAUCUUCAGCGAGGAUUUGACAGGCAUUUAAAACAGCUGCUCUCUGAGAAUGUAACCCCUUUGUGCCCUUUAACUGCAAGGCUCUAGAAGGUCACCACACAGCUGAGGAGAUCUGAACUUCCACAGCAUUUCCCAUUCCUCUCCAUAACCACUGGACUGUACAGCAGGCAUGCCUGCCAAAACACCCAUCUACCUGAAAUCCAACUACAGUAAGAAAGGAAAGAAAUGUCGUCUGAGGGACAUUUUGUCCCCGGAUAUGAUCAGCCCACCUCUUGGGGACUUUCGUCACACGAUUCACAUUGGAAAAGGUGGUGAAUGCGAUGCCUUCGGUGACAUGUCGUUCCUGCAAGGAAAUUUUGAGCUUCUACCAGGAAAAGGAGGUCGUGUUAGACCUCAAUAUGGCCUUCACGGUGAAUUCACAAGAGCUAACAGCGCAUCUGAUGCAUCUUACGUCGAAACUCCAUCGCCAGUUUUGAAGAAUGCAAUCUCGCUCCCAACUAUAGGUGGAAGCCAAGCACUGACUCUACCAAUGAUCUCCACCACCGUGUUUCCCAUGACCCACGAUAACAUGUCUGAGCCAUCCACUCCUCCAGCCGGUUCUGAAGAUCUGGAAAUCCUACAGAUGGAGACUCUGCUUCAGUCUAUCAGCAUUUUCAGGAGUGACCCCAGUCCUGUCCCGGAGGAGGACGAACCAUUGAUCGACCGCAUGGAGAUGACUGAGAAGUCAUGUAUGAAAAAGAUGCACAGCAGUGAAAAAGAGCUUGAAACGUUUUUGUCCGUCUUCGUUAAUGGGAACGGUGAUGCCAAUGGGAACUUUAACAAUGGUAACAACGGCGACUCUGUCUUCCAGUAUGAACAGGAUAUGUUCGGCAUUAAGGGCGACUGGGCGGACAGAGACAGCGGUGUGGAAGAGGGUCGUCUAUGCGAUUCAGACUUUGAAAUCUCCAAAAGCAAAAGCCAGUCACAGGAAUCGCUCACACAAAUCACAGGAUCACUUUUCUCCCUCGAACUUGACUUGGGCCCGUCCAUUUUGGAUGAUGUACUGAAUAUCAUGAAUAAACCAGUAUCUUAAGCUAUGACUUUCACGAAGAGACACAAAUAAGGGAAUCUAUUCAACUUGAACCCAUAAACAUAUGGCAAUACUAAACUUUGUUUUGCAGAGUAAGUUUUUGCUUCAGAAAGUCUUGCACACAAAAUAAUGCGAUUGACACACAGCCGUUGUGCCUUUUAAGUUAAGUUUAGCAUGCAUAGACACUGAUGUUGUACAUGCAGAUUUUAGGCUUUUUCUGUGUACUGUUGUUCAUGCACGACAUCCACAACAAUAUACAAAAGUCAGUGUGAUAAUGUGUACGUUUCUCCAAACAUGUACAGUGUUCCCAUCACAACCUCAUACACGCAGAUAUAUUUAUACUGACAGUUUCAAUAACCACACUACCAGAUCUUAAAGGCAUAUAUACCUGCAGCAUAUAUGUUUUUACGUUGUGAAGCUAAAUAUGAAAUAAAUGAAUGAAUAAACAA